CUCACAAAGAAAAACUCACCACACAACUAAUAGGAAUAGGUUUCACACAUGCUGAAUCACACACGCAUCCACACACACACUCACUAAAGUCAGAGGAGCAGGACGCAUCCUUGACCGACUGAGGACUUGCUCGUCAGGCACCCAGACACUUUGAGAGCAGGGACUGCAUCGCAAUGGCCACUGCUCAAGAACGGAAGCCCAAAAGGCCUCACUACAUUCCCCGCCCACCAGGGAAACCGUUCAAGUACCAGUGUUUCCAGUGUCCUUUCACCUGCAAUGAGAAAUCCCACCUCUUUAACCACAUGAAAUACAACCUGUGCAAAAACUCCAUCUCCCUGAUGUCGCAAAAAAACUGUCAGAAAGCUCGCCAGCUCAAGGCUGGAAUGAAGGCCAUCCCUGGGAAAUCCAAGGACGGUGCGACUUUGCUGGAAACUCCUGCGGAACAGGAAGUGGCGGAGGAAAACACAGCAGAGAGGAGCGAUGCGGCAGAGGAGGUUGACGUUGAGAGUGACGGUCUGCCGGAGAAGGGAAGCCGGAUUUUGACAAAAGCAUGCGACGUUCGAGCGAAGGAGCCCAAGUCCCUGCCUUGCCCAUCAGCCCUCUCCCUGGCGACACCAAACCGCGAUGCAGCAGACGCAUUUAAGUCGUCUGUUCAGUUAUCAGACAGUUCACAAACUCCUGCUCCUUGGUUCGAGCGCCCAGCAUUCCCAUGGGCUCUGAAGCAAUUCCCCACUCCCGUGGGUCCAGAAUAUACUCCUUACCUCAGACCUUUCUAUCCCUCAUACUACCACUCGGCAAGCCAUCAUGCAAAUGAGACCAAUUCCUCUUCUCUGCGCCUUGACUUUCCGGAUCCCCAGAGGCCAGUAGUAGUACCACAGGCCAUUGUCCCGCCUCCUGCUUCACUCUUCGACCCUUACCCAUACCGAUACUGUCACCCAAUCAACACCAGAGAGCCAUUUCUUUACAGCCUAUAUAGGCCCCAUGAGCUCUCAAGAUAUCUUCCAUUGGACUGGUAUGGGCAAACCCUCGCGACCAAAGAUUACAACUUAUACAUGCGAUCCAGUCACAAUCAGUUUGCUGAACAAGAACAGGUCAGGCCAAGUGGCGACAAGGACACCAGGCUGAGUCCAAAAGAGGGCUGUUCUGCUCUGGGCUCCCCCGACAGACCCAGUCAUGCGCAAGUCAUCCAGAGGGAUGGCCAAGAGGCGCCGCGACACACCAGCCUGGAUGACUGGCAACCGACUAAAGAGGAGCAAGACGUGCAGACUGACACCAGACGCAAGGACACUGCUGAAAGCUUGCUGCAGCUCGGCACCCUUCUUGUGGACGUAGGAUCAGUUGAGAACAUCAGACAUUCAGAUGUGACCGAAUCAUGUGUGGAAGCUACCUCUAAUCAGGAAGAGGACAACCGAAGCGCUCUGGCACCACUAAAUCUUUCGACAAGGAAACCGGACAGCUCGGACACAGAAGAGCCACGGGCUGCACCGGUGCCGCUGAACCUCAGCCUCCGUUCGCCUUAUCCCAGGACUUCAGAAGAUGGCGGUCACACAGAUGAAGAAGCGUGCGACCAGAGGCAAACGGCGGCACUGGCACUCUGUCAGCUCGCCAUCGCCAGCUCGGCUGCCUCUUUGCGGGACUUUGAGCCCACGCGUCGACCAGCAGAAGAUAUUACGGACAACGGAGAUCGGGCUUCGGGCUCAAUGGAAAAGGCUGAACACGAGAGCACGGCUAACACCAUGCCCACAAAACGACUUAACGGCAGCCACGCUAAAAAAUCCAACAACACGCACAGACCAAAGAAGAGAAAAGUGGCAACGCGGCCCGUGAGGAGGAGACCUCAUCGCUCCUAAACACUCUUGACUGACCAAUGAAAAGCACAUCACUCCUUGUUUGUUGUGUUCAGGCCAAAAUAUAGCAAUAUUCCAAGAUCUGGUGGUAUCUUGGUGCCCAAGAAAACACUUGGAGUGAGUUGAAGAGUUUCGUUCAGACUAAAGUAGGCCUUUGCCACCAUCUUGUGGUGUAUAGAGUCAUCACUACUCACGUUUUUUUCCCAUUAUUCAGAAGUAUCGGGACAAAGCCUUGCUGUGAAUAGCAGGGCUUCAUGACUGCAUUUUUUUGAGCAUCAAGAGAAAAGCCGUACUGUAUUUUUUGCUGCAAGACGAGAUCAACCUAGUGAACAUUGACAUUACUGAAGCACUGAAAGACUUUAUAUACAGUGGGGAGAAUAAGUGUUUGAGACCCUGCUGAUUUUUGAAGUUUUCCCACUUACAUAGCAGGUAGAGUUCUGUACUUUGAAAACGUGAUAGAACACAGUCCAUCAUGUAGCGUAUGUAAAUAAGUCUGAAAAUACAUUAGGUGCACCUGCAUUAAGAGAUUAGUUUUAUUUGAACAAAAUAACAGCAAAGACCCAGUUAUGAGCUGUCUCAUGGUCUGAGGAGGGUUGGGGGGAGGGGGUCAUCCAUAACCCCAUCUCCCAACCCCCCAUUGACGAUAUCAAAAUACAAAAUCUAACAAUGUAAUAAUUGAUCAGAGUCAAUCAAGAGUUUUUUUUAAUGAUACAGCUCUUCUAUUUGCAUGUGCAGGUGUACCUAAUAAAUUGCCUGGUAAGUGUGUGCAUGUCUUGGUGGCAAAAGGUGACACGGAAUGUUUAGAGGGCAUGUUUUUCUUAUGACAAUCAGGAUACUUUUUGAAGAAAGCAAAUAAAAACAUCAAUGUUGAAAUGUUAA